CACACACAUAAAUACAGGGAGAGUGAGAGUUGAAGAGAGAAUUGAAAACUGUAGAAGAAGAAGAGGAGCAAAGAAGAAUGGGGGCUUACAGAGCGGAAGACGAUUACGACUACUUGUUCAAGGUGGUGCUGAUCCGCGACUCCGGCGUCGAAAAAUCCAACCUUCUAUCCAGGUUCACCCGCGACGAAUUCAGCCUGGAAUCCAAGUCCACCAUCGGUGUCGAGUUCGCCACUCGAACCAUCCACGUAGCAGACAAGGUCGUCAAGGCCCAGAUUUGGGACACCGCCGGACAAGAACGAUACCGUGCAAUCACCAGUGCGUAUUACCGGGGAGCUGUCGGUGCAUUGCUCGUGUACGAUGUGACGCGACAAACAACCUUGGAAAACGCGCGAGAUGGUUAA